UCAUCUCAAGCGAACCGGGCAUCUGUAGUCGAUGAAGCAACGAAGCUUAAGCAGAGCGCACGAGAAGCCGCACGAUUGGAACGACAACGUAAACUGGCCGAGACGUUGCGAGAGAAGGCAGAUGCUGAGGACCGUGGCGAGGACAUUGAACGCAUCAAGAACUGGGAGUACACAAUUGAAGAGAAUGAUGCCUGGGAGAAGAAACAAGCACGCAAAGCACGGAGAGCUGACUUCGAGUUCCAUGACCAUGCGGACUCGGCGCGGCGGCGAUAUAAGAAGGAUCUUGACCUCAUCAAACCAGAUCUCGCUGCUUACAACCGUCAAAAAGAGAUCGCGUUAGGUCUAGCUCCUGGGACGCUCAGCCUAUACAGAGACGCAAACACCUUGAUUUAUGCGGAUAAUAAGCCGAGCGAGGAGGCGAUUGAUCGCGUCGUCAGCAAGCUGAACAAAGAUAUCGACAAGAGGAACAAGUUUUCGAGGAAGAGGGCGAACGAAGAGGAAGGCGAUAUCACAUACAUCAACGAACGCAACCGUGUCUUCAAUAAGAAGAUUGCUCGUUACUAUGACAAGUACACUGCGGAGAUUCGCGCAAGCUUCGAACGUGGAACCGCCUUGUAG